AAGAAGGUCGGCAAGGAAGAUUUGGAGAACCUCAAGAGGGAAGUUGAAAUGGAUGAGCACAAGAUACCUCUUGAUGUCUUGCAGCAGAGGCUGGGAACUAACUUCACCACUGGUCUGACACAGGCGAAAGCUAAGGAGAUAUUAGAACGAGAUGGUCCAAACCAGCUCAGUCCACCAAAAACAACUCCUGAAUGGGUGAAAUUCUGUAAGCAACUUUUUGGCGGUUUUUCCAUUCUGCUUUGGAUUGGUGCAAUCCUCUGCUUUUUUGCUUACUCCAUCGUUGCAACGACAUCAGAAGAUCCUUCUAAAGAUAACCUGUAUCUAGGCAUCGUGCUGACAGCAGUGGUCGUCGUCACUGGCUGCUUCUCUUACUACCAGGAAGCUAAAAGUUCUCGCAUCAUGGAAUCUUUCAAAAAUCUUGUGCCUCAGUUUGCCAUAGUGAUUCGCAAUGGUGAGAAGUUGAAUGUCCAUGCAGAGGAGCUGGUGGUUGGAGACAUUGUGGAGGUGAAGUUUGGAGAUCGCGUUCCCGCUGACAUCAGGAUUCUAAGUGCACAUGGAUUCAAAGUGGAUAAUUCGUCUCUCACUGGAGAAUCAGAACCCCAGACUCGAACUCCGGAAUUCACUAACGAUAAUCCAUUGGAGACACGCAACAUUGCUUUCUUCUCAACAAAUGCUGUUGAAGGCACCUGUAUAGGAAUAGUCGUCAGCACAGGAGACAGAACUGUCAUGGGCAGGAUCGCUGGGUUGGCUUCUGGAUUGGAAACAGGAUCAACACCCAUUGCAAGAGAAAUCGCCCACUUCAUACACCUUAUCACUGCUGUUGCCGUUUUCCUCGGUGUUACAUUCUUCAUCAUUGCGUUCAUCCUGGGUUACAACUGGUUGGAUGCAGUCAUAUUUUUGAUUGGUAUCAUCGUGGCGAAUGUUCCUGAAGGUCUGCUGGCUACUGUUACGGUGUGUUUGACAUUGACUGCUAAAAGAAUGGCGAGCAAGAAUUGUCUGGUGAAGAAUCUGGAAGCUGUGGAAACUCUUGGAUCAACGUCAACAAUCUGCUCUGAUAAAACUGGAACUCUCACACAGAACAGAAUGACUGUGGCUCACAUGUGGUUCGAUGAUCACAUCGUCGAGGCGGACACCAGCGAUGAUCAGUCAAAUGCUACGUAUGACAAAAAUUCAGCCACCUGGAUGGCUUUAGCGCGAAUAGCUAUGUUGUGCAACAGGGCAGAGUUCAAACAAGGUCAAGAUCAGUUCCCUGUUUUGAAAAGAGAGUGCAACGGUGAUGCAUCAGAAUCGGCAUUGUUGAAAUGUGUUGAAUUAUCCAUUGGCAAGGUCACUCAGUACAGAGCUGCUCAUCCCAAAAUCUGUGAAAUACCCUUCAACUCAACUAACAAGUACCAGGCUUCCAUACAUGAAAUGGAGACAGAGAAUUCACACUAUUUGCUGGUAAUGAAGGGAGCUCCUGAAAGAAUUUUGGAGCGAUCUCAGACAAUCUUGAUGAAUGGUGUGGAUGAGAAGAUGACGGAAAAAUGGAAAGACGCUUUCAACCAAUCAUAUUUGGAGCUUGGAGGCUUGGGCGAAAGAGUUCUUGGAUUUUGUGAUUUGGAAUUACCAAAAUCUAAAUUCCCCAAGGGGUAUAAAUUUGAUGCCGAUGCUGAAAACUUUCCAUUGACUGAUCUUCGCUUUGUUGGAUUGAUGGCCAUGAUUGAUCCACCGAGAGCUGCCGUACCUGAUGCUGUCAGCAAAUGCAGGAGUGCUGGCAUUAAGGUCAUCAUGGUGACAGGUGACCAUCCAAUCACUGCAAAGGCCAUCGCGAAAGGUGUCGGCAUCAUUUCAGAGGGUAAUGAAACAGUGGAGGACAUUGCUGUAAGGAAAGGAAUUCCUGUUUCCCAAGUCAACCCGAGAGAGGCCAAGGCAUGCGUUGUGCAUGGAACAGAUUUGAGGGACAUGACACCGGCACAGAUUGAUGACGUACUCAAGUACCAUUCAGAAAUCGUGUUUGCCAGGACAUCUCCCCAGCAGAAACUCAUCAUUGUUGAGGGGUGCCAGCGACAAGGUGCCAUUGUGGCAGUCACUGGAGACGGUGUCAACGACUCGCCUGCUCUCAAGAAGGCAGACAUCGGUUGUGUUGCUAUGGGGAUUGCAGGAUCGGAUGUGAGCAAACAGGCAGCUGAUAUGAUAUUGCUCGAUGAUAACUUCGCUUCCAUUGUUACUGGAGUGGAGGAAGGUCGGUUGAUUUUUGACAAUCUGAAGAAGUCAAUUGCGUACACCUUGACCAGCAACAUUCCUGAAAUAUCUCCUUUCCUCUUUUUCAUCAUUGCCGAUGUUCCUCUGCCACUGGGUACCAUCACUAUCCUCUGCAUAGAUCUGGGAACCGACAUGGUGCCCGCCAUCUCGUUGGCCUACGAACAGGCUGAAAGUGACAUCAUGAAGAGGAUGCCCAGAGAUCCCAUCAAUGACAAACUUGUCAACAGCAGGUUAAUUGGCAUGGCUUACGGCCAGAUUGGCAUGAUCCAGGCAUCUGCAGGUUUCUUCACCUACUUCGUCAUCAUGGCUGAAAAUGGUUUCUGGCCGAAGCGGUUGUUUGGACUUAGAAGGGAGUGGGACUCAAAGAGCGUCACUGAUAUUGAAGAUUCCUAUGGUCAGGAGUGGAAUUAUGGCCAGAGGAAGGUGUUGGAGUUCACUUGUCACACUGCCUUCUUCAUGGCAAUCGUCAUUGUACAGUGGACUGAUCUGAUCAUUUGCAAGACUCGUCGUAAUUCAGUCAUACACCAAGGAAUGAUGAACCAUCAUAUGACUUUCGGAUUGUUCUUCGAGACCACCCUCGCUGCAUUCCUUGCUUACUGUCCUGGUCUCGAUAAGGGUCUAAGGAUGUACCCAUUGAAAUGGACGUGGUGGUUGGUUCCUCUUCCGUUCAGUAUUGUUAUUUUCAUUUACGAUGAGAUUCGAAGAUACAUCUUACGUCGCAAUCCAGGUGGAUGGCUGGAGAUGGAAACUUAUUAUUAAUCAUCUUACUUUUCGCUGUCUACUCAUGAAUAUGAUGCUAGGUCGAUGAUCGAUUGGUUGUGGUAAUUGCCUGCUGCACGUUCGCAUGUAUUUGUAAUGUUACGGUUUUUUUAAUAAUAAAAUUUAAUUCCGAUAUUCAGGGAAUUGAGCUGCACGAGUUUAAUGUUUUUUGUGUGAAAUGUUGAUUGAUUGAUUGGGUGGAUGACUCAGUUUGUAGGCAGUUGGUUUUCUGAUUGACUGAUUGGUGACUUCUUGAUUGUCAUAUUGAUUCAUCUACU